AUGAACCAGAUUCAAGUUGAGGACCGUUUUGACUUCUCACAUCUUGAUAAAUCCUCGCAAUCAUCAUAUAUUCACAAACUCAUAGAUGACACAUUUCAAAAAUAUCCUGUUUUGUUUAAGCUACUCAACUUUCGAAAUAGUUUUUACUCCUCAAUUGAUAUCGAUAUAUCUGUUUCAACAAAUACUUCACUUACUGAGGAAAUCAACAAAACAAUCAAUGAAUUAUCUGCUCAUCCUUUGGAAACCGAAUUAAGAAUAUUUACAUACACCAUUGCUGAUCAAAUCGCAAAAUUGUGUAAUAAGCAAGCUAAUUUCGGAAAUUUUCUUCUCGACAAACAUAAUGAAAUAAUCGAGACAACAAAUCAAAUCCUCCAAAAUUACAAAUGUCAGCAAAGUUCAAUUAAUUCAGCAGAAAUCCAAUAUCCAACUAUUUCUUCUUCGAAUUGUGCGGUCGAAAAAUCCAAAAAAACACGCGAUCGAAUUGAUCCUGAAACCACAUUAUGGCUCAUCAAAUACCUACUCGAUAACAAUUUCGAAAAACCACACAAGAAUUACAUAACAUUGCUUUCACAUUGGUCUAAUAUUCCCGAGGAAGACAUAAAUCGAUGGUAUAUUCGAACAAAUUAUAAUUAUCUUAAAGAAAAAAUCGAUAAAAAAUAUCGUGACGGAUUAAUUGAUCGCGCUCUUAAAUACGGCCGACAAUUAGGAAAAGCUCGAAUAACGAAACUUAAUGAUGGUGCUAUUUUUAAUUCUACCGGUGCUGAUAGAGGAGGAAGAAGGAAAGCUAAACAAGCUCGGCAAAAGGCGAAUAAUAGAAUCUAA